AUGUAUCAGCCAAAACUUCUUCCCUUUAUUUUGUCACCCAUCUUCAUCAAGAGUCUUCUUGCCGUUGUUGUUCUCCUUACUUCUAUUCGUACACUGUUUCUCUAUUACGAUGUUGCUUUAACCGCGCAUGUUGAACAUGCCACCGCCGCCGCACCUCUUCGAUCUCAAAGAGAAACCAACUGUCUACCGCAACUUUCUCCUAACCUUUCGCAAACCCUUCACCUUUUACAGUCAUCAUGUCAGCCUGCGCCUCGCGACCCGAAAUCCCACAUUCGCAUUACCACUGUGACGGCACAAUUUGGCAAGAUCCAAGAGCAUUACCAGAAUGCUCUGCAGUCCCACGUCCUGCACACAACCCUCCACGGCGCCGGGCUCGAAGUUAUGUGUACACCAAUCGUAGACGACCUGUGGAACAAACCGGCCUAUUUGCUGUCCCUCCUACUCGACGAGAUGCUUAAACCACCCGAAGAACGAACGGAAUGGCUCUUCUGGGCGGACCGCGACACAAUCAUCCUCGACCAGUGCCGACCGAUAUCGAGCUUCCUCCCACACCGCAUUGUCAACGAAGCCACUAGCGGCGCGGCGGCCCACGGAGCGGUACCGAAAGACGACGACGUGCACCUUGUGGCAGCGGACGACUGGAACGGGCUCAAUAACGGGGUAUUUUUGCUACGCGUCAGUCAGUGGGCCAUCGAGCUCUUCAGCGCCAUCCUGGCCUUUCGGCAUUUUAGGCCCGGCACGGAGCUCCGCUUCACCGAGCAAAGCGCCAUGGAGAUCCUUAUAAAGGAGAAGAGGUUCAACAAGGGGGUGCGGAUGAUGCCUCAGCACUGGUUCAACUCGUAUCCCGGCAGCGUCAAGGCUGAGGCGUACCUCGAGGGGAAUGACGAAAAUGGGCUCUCGGAAUGGCAGACGAGACGAGGCGACUUUUUGAUCCAUUUCGCUGGGUUGGGCGAGGACGAUCGAGGAAAGGAAAUGGCUAGCUGGCUGGACAUGCUGGGGAAGACACACUAUACUUUGGAGGCUGGGAGGGUGCAGAGGAAUAUCACAUCGGCCAUGGAGACAUAUUGGGAAGAGUCAGAAUCGGAAGAGACAUAA